AUGAUCGCAGCCAGCACCGACCUUUCCACUAUGGUGAGGCGAUGUCUCCUGACUUUAAAACCGUUCAGGAUCUUUGUGGCGGGAAUUGGCUUCUUCAGCCUGUGCUUCCUAAUGACCUCCCUCGGGGGGCAGUUCUCAGCCAAGCGACCCGGAGAUUCUCCCUUCACCAUGCGAGCUGAAGUGCUAGGUGGCCCAGAAUCUCGCGGGGUAUUGAGGAAAAUAAGCGAUAUGCUUGAGGUCAUCAUGAAGAGGAUGGACACUCUGUCUAAACUGGGUAACACCACCGACUCCCACAGGCUGGAUGAGCUCAGCUCAGCCCUGGACAGGAUCCAGCCUAUUGGGCUAGUGGAGCGGAUCCAGGCCAUAGCCCAGAACAUGUCAGAAAUGGCAGUGAGGGUGGAGCAGAUCCUCCAGCGCAGCAUGGCUAACAACAGAGGUAGGGAUGGAAUGUUAGGACAAUGUGAGAUUCCCAAAGAUCCCCAUUAUCCAGACUGCUCCAGCAAAGUGGAUUGGAUGCGAGCUCGUUGGACUUCGGACCCCUGCUAUGCCUUUUACGGCGUGGACGGCUCAGACUGCUCUUUCCUCGUCUACCUGAGCGAGGUGGAGUGGUUCUGCCCCCCGCUGGUGUGGAGAAACCAGACUGCUACACCCACCUUGAAGCCUCCACCUAAGAAACAGGCUGUCUUCCACUCAGACAUCGGGACUCUGCUGGAGCAGGUGGGCACAGGGAAGGAAUCUCUGAGCUUCAUGAAGAGGCGCAUGCGCAGGCUGGCAGCACAGUGGGCCUCCGCUGCCCGACGGCUAGACGAUCGUCUUCGUAACCACUGGAGAGAGCAAAAGAGGAUUCUGGUUCAUGUGGGUUUUCUGACAGAGGAGUCGGGGGAUGUAUUCAGUCCCAAGGUCCUGAAGGGGGGUCCUCUGGGUGAGAUGGUGCAGUGGGCCGACAUCCUCACAGCCCUCCAUGUGCUGGGACACAACCUCAAAAUCUCUGUCUCUCUCAAGGAGCUGCAGGGGUUUCUAGGGGUCCCUCCGGGAAGAGGAAGCUGCCCUCUGACAGGACCGCUGCCCUUUGACCUCAUCUACACCGACUACCACGGCUUGCAGCAAAUGAAGCAGCACAUGGGUCUUUCACUGAAAAAGCACAAGUGCCACAUCAGAGUGAUCGACACCUUUGGCACUGAGCCGGCCUACAACCACGAGGAGUACGCCACCCUGCACGGCUACAGAACCAACUGGGGCUACUGGAACCUCAACUGCAAGCAGUACAUGACCAUGUUCCCCCACACGCCAGACAACUCAUUUAUGGGCUUUGUGGCUGAGGAGCUGAAUGAGACGGAGAAGGUGAACAUCCAGAGGAAUAAGGUGAACAAUAUGGCCGUUGUGUAUGGCAAGGAGGCCAGCAUGUGGAAGCUUCAAGGUAAAGAAAAAUUCCUAGAGAUUCUGCAUCGUUACAUGGAAAUCCAUGGGACGGUCUACUAUGAGGCACAGCGCCCCCCAGAGGUGCCUGCCUUUGUCAAGAACCAUGGUCUGCUUCCUCAGCAGGAACUACAGCAGCUCCUUAGAAAGGCCAAGCUGUUCAUCGGAUUUGGCUUCCCAUACGAAGGUCCUGCCCCUUUAGAGGCCAUAGCCAAUGGCUGCAUCUUCUUGCAGCCCAAGUUCAACCCUUCCCAUAGUUCUCUCAAUCACGAGUUCUUUAGAGGGAAGCCCACCUCAAGGAAGGUGUCGUCUCAGCAUCCGUAUGCAGAGCAGUAUAUUGGCAGGCCACAUGUCAUCACAGUUGACUUCAACAACUCUGAAGAGUUUGAUGCAGCGAUCCAUGAGAUCAUGAGGACCAAUGUGGAGCCAUUCCUGCCCUAUGAGUAUACCUGUGAGGGGAUGCUUGAAAGAGUUAAUGCCUACAUUCAGAAUCAGGACUUUUGUUCUCCAGAAGUUCAGUUUCCUCCAGUAAAUGCCUCAAAGACGUGGCUGGGUCCUUCUAACAGCCCUUUCAUCCCCCUCCCCAACUCAAGCGUCCUCGCCUGGGCCUCCAAUGCCAGCUCUUUCCCCUCCUGGCCGCCGCUCAGUGCGCUGCGGCUGCUGACCUCGCUGGAAGACCAGUCGUGUGUGGAGGCGUGCCAGAGUGCAGGCCUGAUCUGCGAGCCAGCCUUGUAUCGCUUCAUCAACAUUAAAGAGGCCUUUAGCGCGCUGGAUUUGCAGUGCGAGGGAGUGGAAUCGGAGAUGAACCACCUCUUCCCUGCCUUCUCAGCAAAGCAUGCCGAAUGUGGCCUGCAGAAGGAUCCGCUGCUGUUCAGCUGCGCCAGCGCCAGCAACAAGUACCAGCGCCUUUGCCCCUGCAGGGACUAUCGCAUCGGACAGGUGGCACUGUGCAGGGAAUGCCUAUGACAGGGUAGUGGAUGGAGAUUCUCCCUCUAAUGUCUCUCCCAGGAGCGACCUUCUUGAAGCGGAAAAAGGAAAGUAACUCGUCCCCAGUCUAAACCUGGGGCUCCGUGCCAUUGUGCAAAAUCCAACACAGAACGACUGCCAAAGUCGGUGACACGGCAGUGCUGCUCAGGGAACUGCAUGAUUGUACUCUCGUCCUGGUGGGUUUGAAGUUGCUUUUUGAUGGUUGCAUUAGGACCAGAAUCUUAACACAAGUUAAUGACCAAAUGUGUCGUUUGAUGGAUCAUUUAGAUUAGCAAAGAAAUCACGUGCAAUCAAACAGGGAAGCCUUGAUAAAAAUGUUGCAAUGCUUGACU